CCACCCUAAAACCGCCAGCUAACGCCGUAGAUGCUUUUGCUCUGAUAACCGAAUCUAUAUUAUAAGCCGCCGAAUCGGAACUCCGGACUAUCCAUACUAAAACCCAAGCUUCUGUGCGAUUCUUCCAGCGACAGUCUUGAAUAAUUCAGCCUCGCAGCGGAUGGCAAUCGCAAUAGCGAUCUGCAGUGGGCUUUACGACCCCCGAAAGGUGUCCCAGUUAUACACUUUCGUGGGUGUGUGUGAGUGUUCCAUAUCCGUAUAUAGAAUAGAGUCGGCCAACGCAUUAGCGCCGACUAUGAGUCAGAUCUAUAGUUGAAGUUUUUGAUUGAUCCGCUCAACCUUUCGCCCAAUCUGGUUAAUUGGAAGUCAUUUUGGUCGAGUUCAGCAAAGAAGAUCUUUCGCCGUCUACUUUCUUUCGCUAUUUCGCUAUUUCUCUGUGCCCCUCUUUUCCCGGGCAACAUUAACAUUAACAAAUAUACUUAACAACCUUCGGCGGGUCUUUUGAAUGGAGAUGCAAAUUAAUAAGCAAUAGCCAAUUCUAAUGUUAAUAAAAACUCGAACGAGUCCGCAAAUGCGAGCGUCUCUAUUGUUUUGGGCGGAAAUAGAGUUCUGAAGGCCUCGCUCAAUCGAAAGCAAACAUUUUUCAAUGAUGACGGACGACUCGAGUGAAAGUUUAAGCGUUUUUAAAACGAGAAUCUAUGAAAUCGUCUUACUCUCAGAAAUCUAUACAUUGGUUCUUACGAAUUAGCAUUGCAAAUGCGAAAUUUACAUUAGCUUUGGCUUUAAUUCGAUUUGGAAUUUUAUAUUUAUGGGUGUUGUGUGGUUUUUUGGCAAAAUAUACAUAAGUAAUUGGCCAGCAUCGGCACAUUUGAAUUCAGAUUCAAAGCUAUUCGUUAUUCAUUAACGUAUUAGAAUCGAAAACCUUAUCGCCAGGGAGUUAGUGCUCAAUCCGAAGCAGUCUCGAAACAGAUAUAUUCUACAGUCCAGAGAUAAAUACUAGAAAAAAUGGAUCCGAAGAAGACGUUGGCAUGGUUUUUCGGCCUCCCAUCGGUGCGCUAUACGCAGAUCUUCAUCGUGAUGGCAGGAGAUCUGCUGGCCCUAUCCAAUCUAUAUCCCAAGCAUUCCAGAUACAUUUCGCAGCCUUUUCUGCUGUGGAAGGAUCUCAAAGAUGAGGAGGAAAAGUCGCUUUGCCAGUUCUAAUUUAUUUAUAUUUUUUUAUUGUGCGUGGGAGACGUUUUAUUACCCCAAAGAUUUGACCAAACCAACCUUGAGUUUCAAUGCCAAUGCCAAUGCCAGGCCCAUGACGUCACUUGGAUCUGGAUGCCCAAAGCUGUUUAAAUAUAUGUUAUUUAUUGUGCAGCUCAGGAUCCCGAGUGCCUUGUGAGCCUCUUCAAAUGCCCGGCCAAAUUAACUCGACUCCUCAUUAAAGUCCAAAAAUUCGAAAGUUUCGACCGCCGUCGUCUGGAAAUAAACUUCAAUUUAAACGAA